AUAGGAGUAUUUUACACCAAAGUUUUAAUAAAUAUGCCCAGAGUAAAAUUUGGACACAAUCAAGUUGAUUUACAAAACGAAGUUGUUAAAUUAAGAAGACAAUUAACAAUUGCACUGGAUGAAAAUCAUUUAUUAAACGUCAAAAUUCGCCGACUAGAAAAUGAAAUAAGGAAAAAAGAAAAAUACAUUGAUUAUUUUUUUAUUAAAAAUCGAGAACAAAGCUUUGAUAAUAGAAGAAUAAUUUAUGAAAAAACUUCAAACGCUAUUCAGAAAUUAAAAAAAGAGAAUGAAGAUCUGAAAGAAAUGAUAUUAAAACGCGAUAUUGAAGAUCAGAGACGUGAAUUUAAUAUCAAAAGACAACUUCUCUAUGGACAACCUGCCAAAAGACCCUGCAGAAAAUCAUCUUAUACAUUGAAUCAAGAUGUGCAUGGUACAAAAAAACUGGAAAGUUUAUCAGACUCAAACACACUGUCAAAAAAUUCAUACCAUACUUUUGCUGAUAAUUUUUACAAUUUAGAAAGUACCAAAGAUUAUUUGAGCUCACUUUUUACCACUCGCGCUGAUGUUGAAAAACUUAUCAAUACUAUCAACAGUCUUAAAGAACAGCAGGAUAUUAAUAGAAGGAUAAUUCAUGCCAGAGAUUCAGAAAUAACUCAGCUAGCGUCAGAAUUAAAAGAAAUAAAAGAGCAAUUGAGUAUAGAAAAAAUAUCAGUCUCUUUGUCUAAAAUUGGAAGGCAUGAUUACAGAAAUUUAAGGGAUGACAAGUUUGAUAAUAGAGGGUCGACUCAUAAAACUAACGACGUACCAGUUGAACGUUCAUCAAUCAAACAUAAAUCACGAUUGGAGCCAGUAUGGGAAUUAAGCGAGAACGAAUCUUUAAAUAUGAGCAAUAAAUCUGAAACAGAAUUAUUUAGUGAAGAGAUAUUGAAAAAAACACAAAUAGAAUACAUGAUAGAUUCAGAAGUCAGCUCUGAUGGUGAAGAUAUUUUUAUGUUAAACAAUUUAGGUGCUUAUCAUCGAAAAACUACUGGUACCAUGUUCCAAAAAAACUAA